CGAGUAAUAGGAGACAUGGGAGAGGAAGGUGUGGUAGUGGUUAGAGAAUUUGAUCCAAACAAAGAUGGUUUGGGUGUUGAAGAUGUGGAGAGAAAGUGCGAGGUCGGUCGCAGCGGCAAACUCUCUAUCUUCACCGACCUAUUAGGUGACCCAAUUUGCAGGGUCCGCAACUCUCCUGCUUUUCUCAUGUUGGUGGCGGUGAUGGGUGAUGAGAUAGUGGGCAUGGUGAGAGGUUGCAUUAAAACUGUUUCAUGCGGCAACAAGCACAUCAGGAGUGAUAGUGGGGAAAACGAUGACAACAACAAAAAUAACAACAUUCACACAAAAACCCUCCCUAUUUACACCAAAGCAGCUUACAUCUUGGGCCUCCGCGUCUCUCCUUCUCACAGGAGGAUGGGAAUAGCGACCAAGCUGGUGCUUGGACUGGAGGACUGGUUUCGAGCAAAUGAGGUUGAAUAUUCCUACAUGGCAACGGAAAACGACAACCACGCUUCCGUUAAGCUUUUCACCGACAAAUUCGGCUACUCCAAGUUCCGUAUGCUCUCCAUCCUCGUCAACCCGGUCUUCGCUCACCGACUCAGGAUCCCUAUCCGAGUCACCAUCGUCCAACUCAGCCCCUCCGACUCGGAGAACCUCUACCGCAGUCGAUUCUCCACCACCGAGUUUCUCCCUCGCGACAUUGACUCUGUCCUCAACAACAAACUCAACCUCGGCACUUUCUUGGCCGUGCCACGUGGUACUUAUGAUUCAGAGUGUUGGCCCGGGUCGGAUCUUUUUUUGUCCGACCCUCCAGAGUCUUGGGCUGUGCUCAGUGUGUGGAACUGUAAGGAGAUAUGGACACUGGAGGUUCGUGGCGCGUCGUUUGUGAAGCGCUCUCUUGCUAAAACGACAAGGUUGUUAGACCGCGCUCUACCGUUUCUGAGACUGCCAUCAGUGCCGGAGGUGUUCAGGCCGUUUGGGCUGCAUUUUUUGUACGGGUUGGGGGGUGAAGGUCCACGUGCAGCGAAAAUGGUAAAAGCGCUUUGUUGCCACGCGCAUAACCUGGCUAAAGAGCGUGGUUGCGGGGUAGUGGCUACGGAGGUUGCAAACCGCGAGCCGCUUAGGUUAGGUGUUCCGCACUGGAAGAUGCUGUCAUGCACGGAGGACUUGUGGUGCAUUAAGAGGUUCGGAGAAGACUACAGUGACGGGUCUGUGGGUGACUGGACAAAAUCAUCUCCUGCCAUGUCCAUUUUUGUCGACCCCAGAGAGUUCUAG